CAAUUAUUUCCCCUUCCAUAAUUUCCUUCCCAGUUCCUAAUUAUUUCUCUUUGUGAUCCCUAUGGCUACUGCUGAGGUUGUAUCGGCUCAAACUGCACUUCAUGAGGAGAAAACUGAAGAAACAGUCAAGGACCAAGAAACAACGGUAGAAGAGAUAGUUUCCGAAGCUCCGGCGGCGGCGGAGCUGCCAGUUGUCGAAGAGACGAAGGAAGUCGAGCCUGCAGGAGCUGUAGAGGAAGUGGUGGAGCCUGUUGCCGAAGAGACGAAGGAAGCCGAGCCUGCAGCCGCUGUAGAGGAAGCGGCGGCAACUGUGGAACCUGAAGCCUCAGUUGAAGUUGAAACCGAGGAGGUGGUAGAAAAAUCCAAAGUUGUCAUUGAGGAGCCAGUGGAGGAGACUCCUAAGGAAGCAGUGCCGGAACUAGUUGCCGGGGAGGAGAACAAGGAAGCCACUGAGCCCGCCAUUGAAACCAAAGAAACUGUAGUCUCUAGUGAGACACCAGCUGAACCCGAACCAGAAACAGAAUCUGCUACCGAAGCACCCAAAUAGUAAGCCGA